GUCUCGUCACACCCCUAAUUAGCAAUAAAUAUAUAUUUUUCCCACACUGUUCUUGUUGUUUGAUGUAGACUUUUAUGAAGCUGACCCAGGCACACCUGGAAAAAGAGGCUGUGUUCUUCAAGUGUUACCCCACCCUUAGAGAUUAAUGUAAGUGAGGAGGAAUUGAGACUCAGAGGUCAGUGCAGCUGUUUGAGUCAACAUUCCUGAUUCUGCCGUCAUCUCUCUGAAACAUACACGUGGGUUCAAUUUGUUCUGCACUUUUUUCGAACAGUCCCAUAAAUCUCUCUUUUGUUCUUCAAAUGGUCUUGUCAGGCCUUCCUGAGGGGUCUUGCUUUAGAUGUAAGGUUCUGAAAGAGUGAGUCACUUUGAGUGUGUUGUUGGAGAGACUUCCCACAUGUUUCAUAGAGAAAGAAAGCACAGAGCUCCGUCGUGAGAGAUAGUCGGUAAUUAAAACCAUUGCAGAGUUCAGACUCAGUUCUUAUGUUUUUUAAUUUAUUUAUUCAUUAAUUUUUAUAUUGAUUUAAUCUUAGUUUAGACUCUGUUUUAUUUUGUAGGACUAUCUGAGAGAAUACAUUGAGGUGAGCUGCAUAUCCAUGUGACUUGUAUCUAAUCUGUGAACAGAAUACUACAAGUGGUCUGGUUUUAGACCUUGAAGGAUACAUGACCGCUUUUAAAUAAUGAUAAGCAUAUCAUGAUCAGCCGUAGCACAUCAUAUAUCUUGAUUUUUUUUACCCCGUAUAUUUUUAAAUACUUUUCUUUGAUAGUUUCAUUAAUUUAUUUUUAUAUCCCCACAGGAUCUUCCCAAACCAAAUCUGGGAAAACUUGAGAAGAAUGUACAAGUCUUGGCAGCUCUAUGGAAAAGCUCAAUCUGUUGCACAAAAUAAAAACUGAAUUUACAAUCAAAAGCAUCCUGCACUUUACGCUUAUCUAUGAAAUUAUUUAAUUUUAAUAGAGAUAUUCUACUUCUGUUUUAUUGAUGGGCGGCUUUUAUUAUGGUUCACCCUUUGGCGCGUGCAGCUGCUGGCAACAACACUGCUCUGAGUUAGAGUAGCCAAUAAUAAAGGACUAUACUCGAUCAUGGAGCAUUUUCCUCCAAUCAAAUUGUUCCUCGCAAGGUUGUGGUCCAAUCAACGGAAACGUAGGAGGGCGCUAAAAUGGAUGAUGUUCCUCUGCAGCUCGUUGUUGUGCAUUGCGAUGAUCGGAGGAAGGGGCGACAGGAAGGUCUCACGUAAACGUUUACCAAGUAUUACUUUAUAGCAUCAGUGAUGAACAGGAUUCGGAUCCACGUUCUCCCGUCCAGCAGAGGUCGAGUGACUCAAGCUGCUCGUGCUCAAGAACCUCAGACCUGCUCUUAUGCCCAGAGACCCUGUUCACAGCCUCGCCUGGAGGGCCUAGAGUUCUGCAUCAAACAUGUACUUGAAGAUAAAAAUGCUCCCUACAGGCAAUGCAGCUAUGUGUCCAACAAGAAUGGCAAGCGCUGCCCCAAUGCAGCCCCAAAACCAGAGAAAAAAGAGGGGGUAUCAUUCUGUGCAGAACAUGCACGCAGAAAUGCUUUGGUGCAACAAGCUCAAAUGCGGAAGGCAUCUGCUUCAGGACCUUCCCCUGAAGUCUUGCUGUCUCAGAUCAGUGGCUACAGUCGACCGGAAACUGGAACUCACGAUCAAGAGGGCCGUAGUGAAGCUAGCCGCAUACUAGAUGAAGAGAGUUGGAGUGAAGAGGAGCAGGAUCCUAUUGUUUUGGAUCAGACCUGGAGAGGAGACCCUGACAGUGAAGAUGAAAGUCUUGACAGUGACCACGAAGACCCUUUAAAGCAUGCGGGUGUGUACACAGCAGAGGAAGUGGCACUCAUCACACGUGAAAAGCUGAUCAGACUUCAGUCCCUCUACAUAGACCAAUUUAAACGUCUUCAACACUUAUUAAAAGAAAAGAAACGACGCUACCUGCACAGCCGCAAGAUUGAACAUGAGACAAUUGGGAGCAGCCUGUUAACGGGUCCAGAGGGGCUGUCCAUGAAGGAACGAGAGAACCUGAAAAAAUUAAAGGCUCUGCGACGUUAUCGCCGUCGCUAUGGUGUGGAGGCCUUGCUGCAUCGCCAACUCAGACAGCGAAGACAAGCAAUUACUGAGGGAGGAACGCCACAGGCGACACGUUUAGGUCAGAGAUGCAUUUCCUUUGUGGAAGGGACUCGCUGUUCAUAUCCGUGUCUGCCAAUGACACGACAUUGUGUCUCUCACAUUUAUCAAGACAGUAGCCAAGUUUUAUUCAAAAUGUGCCCUGGUCUGAAGGACGUUCCAUGUGAUCGUCCUGUGCACAUGGGACAGUCAGAAGAGCCCCGCUGUCCUCUCCACCUGUCCCUGCCUCCUCCCAUGUACCAGCCUGAGCAGGAGUCAAUUGCCCCGGAGCAGCUGCCGUCUGCACCCACAGACCUGUACCUCAGUGCCGCAGAGCUCCAGCCAACAGAAAAUCUACCUCUGGAAUUCAGUGAUGAUCUUGAUGCUGAAGAUGAGGGUUUGCAGUGUCCCCCGUCCCCCUUGCUGUUCGACACAGCGCUUGCAUUAGAAGACCAGACCAUCAGAGAGAUCGCCGAGGCCCCCAUGGACAUUCUGACAGGGGCGGAGCACGGCUAUCUGGAUGGCUCUUCCCAAGAUGCUGAGCUCUCGGAGAGAGACGAGGUGUCUGUGGAUGAUCAAGUUGAAUCUGAAAUACUUGAAGCAGUUCCCAUGCAGAAUUCAUCAAAGGACUCUGACAUGAAAACAACAGAUGCCUUAUCCUGAGCACCUCGUGACCUGAUUUUCUCAGCUGUCAUACUGUUGAGAUUUCAAACUAUCCAGAUAUCUAUUUAAAAGCCAUAUUUCUGAAAGAUUGCUUUGAAUUUUAACAUCUGAAACAUUUUUAACUUAAAACAUUCUCAUUACUUGCUACAAUAGUAAAAUAGCACAUGUUCUGAUAUAGACUUUUAGUGUCUUGUGAAACUAAAGGGACAUAAGUUAUAUGCACAGCUGGAGGUUUGUGUUUUGUACGGUGAAGAUGAUGUACGAAUUUCACUACAAAAAGUCUCAAAGCACCAUUUCUACUUUUAUCCAGUACAUUUCUGGUUCCAUGUGACAUUUAUAACUCAUAACUGGGAUUUGUUCACUAAAAUAAACCUUUACAUCUCA